GUUUGAAUGGCUUUUAAUUAAAAAUACUAUGUUGUUAUAAAAAUAAACAAUCUUAUGGGCUGUAUUUAUAUCUAUUAAAAAUGCAGUCACACGAUUCGAAGCUGUCAAAUUGAAAACUUAAAAAGGGCCAGAAAAAUUUUCACUUAGUGCUGAAAAGCAGAUAAAAUUUGUUCAAAUAUUAAGUCGGAACUAAAACCAUGAAUAAGAAUCAGAAGAAAAAUAAAAACCCGAAUUCGGGUCAAAAACAAGAUAUAGUCGACGGAAAUGAUGGCUUUGAUUUAGAAAGGGAACUAAAAGCUAUAUUCGGUGACACACACACUGAAGUCACAGAGGAAGAUGCAUUCGACAUCCAGGGAGCUCUUAAAGCGCUCAAUGAAAAUGUGGACACCAUUUCCAUUUCGGAUUCCGAUGAUUCCAGAGAUGAGAUUCGUAAGGAAUUCAUGAAAAUUUCGGAUGAACCGAAAGCCAAUCAAUCUAAGCAGACGAAGAUGAACAGAUGGUAUUUGAAAGAAUUUGAGGAGCACAUGGGUCUCGAGAUUGGAGAAUCCGAUGGUGAAGAUGGUCCAGAUGAUAGUAAAAGCGAAAAAUCCACUACAUCGGAAUCAGAUAAUGUCAGCGAUUGGGAUGAUUCCAACUCAGAUGGCUCACCCACGGGAUGGCUGACAAACCUAACUGAUCUUAGUAAAUUUACAUUGGAUAAAAGUUCUUUUGGCUCUGAGGAUUGUAAGCAAAAAGACGAAGAAGAAUGUGCUGCACUGCCUGUUUUUAGUGGUCCUAUGCCAUCGAUGCCCAUAUAUGAUGAAGAAACCAGUCAAUUUGAAAUGGUACAGACUCCAGCAUUACCUGAAAUAAUUCAGGAAAAAAUUGAAAUGGAAAAGACAAAUGAAAUGGGCAGCAAAAUCGAAAAAGCCAUUUUUGAACCUGUGAGCGAGGAAGACAAUCUGUCUGAUAGUGAUAUUAGCUCGACUUUUAGCUUCAGUAGCGAACAAAACUUAACUGAAGUCGAUGAAGACAACGAGGAUAUUAUCAAAGACUUAGAUAUCGAAUCAGGCAAGGAAAAAUUUACUUACUGGGAGGAAAUGUCCGUGCGUCCCGUUGACAAAGGUGAAAUUCCCCAAGAAGAACUCAUGGCCAUUUUAAAGGAAGAGGAAAACCAGAAGAAUCCCGAAAAAGGUAAAGAUUCACAGGAGCAUCGAAGUGAUUCCGAGGGGGAAGAACCCACCGUAGAUCAGGCAGUGCCACAUGAUGGUUCAGAUUUUUUCGAAGAUAGUACCCUAUUUCCGGAGGACAGAGAAAACUUUAGUGUGUUGGUCAUUAAAGAGGAUUCGGUGUUUGUGGAAUACGAACUGGCUGUCAAGCAGCUGGCCAAACUAGUUCAUUUGGCUCCCAGUCAUUGCAAAUACGAGAUAUUCCUAUUGAUAUACCCCUUGAUGGCCUUGACCUAUCUUCAAAUGAUGGCCAGUGAUAAAACGCAGAGGGCAAGAUUGUUUCUGGUUCGAAAUCAGGAUCACCUGGAUGAUUCGUAUGUAUCGAGAAUGAUGAAACUUAGGGACAUUUGCAAACCAGAAGAGGUUCCAAACAAGGCCCGUAAAUUGCUGGCUGGUCAUGAGAAACUAGAGAUUCAAAUGUCGGAGGAAGCCUAUCGUCAGUUUCUAUAUUACACAGAGGAAUGGCCCAGAGGUCAGCAGGAAAAGUUGCUGGCCCAUUUUCACAUUCAAAGUUAUGGUGCAGAGGAAAAGCCACAGCAGCGUUUGGCAUUGGGACAACCUCUUUUGGAACCCAUUUACUGGGCUGCCCCGGAACCUUUGCAUAAGAAGGAAUUCACCGCUCGUCCUUUUCUGCAAAAACGUCGCCGCAGAAAGAACGAACCACAGGCUCUCAAGAAUCUUCACAUUCCGCCGGCCGAUAGACUGUAUAAUCCAAAUCCGAAGAGGAUGGAUUUGUUGCACAGAAAGAAUGAUGAACAGCAUCGAAUGCGAUUGGAUCGGGAGAACCUGCCCUCAACUUAUCUAUAUACAGCUACUCCCUGCGAUGAGGUGGUGAUUUGUGCCUCCUUUUCGGAGAGCAUCAGCAUGUUGGCUUUGGGAACUGCAUCCUCCAAAGUACACAUCUUUUCCCUGAAACCCUCGAAGUUGGUUCAACUGAAAUCAGCCAAUUGGCUAAAGGUUCUCGACACCGGAAUGGCAGGGAUUGACAAGGGAAUGCUGGAUCCCACCAAGAAGUACUCCAGACGCACUCUUCACGGACACCAGGGACCAGUUUACGGGUGCUCCUUCAAUCCAGAGGAUCGCUUUUUGCUCAGUUGUUCGGAGGACUUUAGCGUUCGCAUGUGGUGCCUUUUAUCCUGGAGUUGUGUGGUUAUAUUCCCAGGACAUUUGGCUCCCGUUUGCUUUGUGGUGUUUGCACCAACUGGUUAUUAUUUUGCCACCGCCUCGGAUGAUUGUACGGCCAGAGUUUGGGUGCAGGAUAACAGGAAGUCCGCUCGAAUCCUGCAAGGACAUUUGGCUGAGCUGGGGGUGUGCAUAUUCCACCCAAACCGUCAUUACUUGGCCACGGGCUCGGCGGAUAGUACAGUAAGGAUGUGGGAUCUAGUCAAGGGAGUCCAGGUGCGUCUUUUCAGUGGCCACAAAAGCAGGAUAACCGCCUUGACCUACUCCAUCUGUGGUCGUUACUUGGUUUCUGGCGGAGACGACCAUCUCAUCAUGAUUUGGGACACUCCCAAUGAGAUUUUAAUCCGAUUUUUUGACCAUCACAAGGCAGCUAUCAACACCAUGGAGAUCGCCUUGGAUAAUAAUCUAUUGGUGGUGGGCGGACAGGAUUGUCAAAUGACCAUUUGGGACUUGGAAAAGGUGCUAAAGGACUAUUUGAACAAGGCUAAAACUUCGAAAAAGAAAAAUCAGGCGGAGGCAAAUGAAGCAAGUGCAAAAGAUUUGCUCAUUAGCGCAUAUCGCAGCAAAGAGGCACCUUUUUAUAUGAUCCGCUUCAGUCGUCGGAAUCUUCUUCUGGCCUUCUGUGUUUCUCCCAGGAAACAAACAAAUAAUGUCCUGCAUGUCAAAACUAAUCAUACCAAUCAGGAGCAAGAUGAACAACUUGGCGGUUGGCUGGAUUUUCUGGACGGGAUGAAGUGGAAGGCUUGCUGUGAUCUCAAGGAGAAUUUACACUUGGAUACCUCACAGGUGGAGAAGGAAACUAAAAAGAAACAAAAAUAAUCUUAAAGGUGUUAUCUAAUUCCGGUUUAGUCACUAUAAAAUGAGGUAAAUGAAUAACUUUAUCAGGUUUUAGACCUUCAAAUAAACUAUGUUUUAUCAUUUAUAUC